AUGGGACACGCGUCAACGUUCAGUUGUCAUCUCUAUCUGUCUUCAGAAGGCGAUGAAACACUGGUUUUGAUUCCAAAACUUCGUGAGAUUGAUCUCUCCUCGACGGUUGCAUCAGUCGGCGAUUCCGACAGCAUCGCCGGUGAGAAUGGCGGCGGAAUGUCGGCAGAGAAGAAAAGGUCUGGAACUACGGCGAGAGGAAAGAGAUUACUCAAGGUUAGAGAUGAGAAGAGAAAACGCAAGUACGAUCGUCUCCACGAUUACCCAUCUUGGGCUAAGUACUCUCUUUUACACUCCAACAUAGGCAACCCUGAGCUCAUGAGAAAGAAGCUUGUAGAAAAGGUAAGGAAGAAGGGAAAAGAUUUCCAGAAGCAGAAGAUUGGCUUUGUGCUUUCUUUCAAAGUUAGCUUCAAAGAGUGA